GAAAGCAGAGCGAGCGGCAGUGGCGGCCACCUUGGGGACCGUGGUGGGUGCAGCUUGGGAUCAUGCCGUACGUCCUCAUCAGUACCCAGAUCCGCAUGGAAGUUGGACCCACAAUGGUUGGCGAUGAGCAUUCUGAUCCACACUUGAUGCUCUAUCUAGGGGCCACUAAAAGAAACAUGCUGGGGAACCAUUUCUGGGAGUACUACGUUCAUGAUGCCCCCCGGAUUGUCUUGGACAAGCUGGAGAAGCGAGGCUAUCGAGUGAUCAGCAUGACAGGAGUGGGGCAGACACUGGUGUGGUGUCUCCACAAAGAAAGUACAGAGAACGCCAACAUUCUUCCUAACCAAGACAUUGCUGUAAAUCGCCCAGCAUAAGACUGACCUUAUUUCUCUGAUGAGUGGUUGUAUGUUGUUUUCUGACAUCAUGAAGUAAAAUCUAGUCAACAUUCUACAUUGUGAAAAAUAGCCACUGGUACAACAAGCUCAUUAUGGGAGGAAUGGUGAUCCAGUUAGCUUCAACAGUUGGGAGCAAUGUUCCCUCUAAGCUGUGGAGUCUUGUGAGCAAAAAUUCUACUUUGUGAGCU